CUCCAAUGUCUUACCAUGCUUUCCAGCUUCAACUGUAUUACAAUUAAGAGUUUUACCAUUAACUGCCUUGCUCGAUUUUUUUCUCCCCAGCGCCCAUCCGUGGUCAAGCCAAAAAGCAAGAUUUCAGCAUCACGGAGGCUGUCACUUAAGAUCCUCCUACUUGCUCGUGCAACGGAGGAGCUGGAGGCAGAGAAGGUUGCUUGUGAGGAAGAGAAGGUCCGUUACCUGGGAGAUAAGCUUCCCCCACUGCAGCUCAGUGGUUUAAACCGGGAUGACCUGCAGAAAAUCUGUAAGCAGUUGCAUGAAAAGAUUGAAGAGGUGGAUGAGAAGCGGUACGACUGCGAGGCCAAAGUCGUGAAGAACAGGAGAGAUAUCCAUGAGUGGAACCUAAAGGUGCAGGACCUUGGAGGAAAGUUUAAGAAACCAGAUCUGAGGAAGGUGAGAGUUUCAGCAGAUGAGAUGUUGAAGGCUUUGUUCGGAUCCAAAAAUAAGAGCUCCAUGGACCUCAGGGCUAACCUCAAGUCUGUGAAGAAAGAGGACAUUAAACAAGAAAAGGAGUUAACGAUGGAGGUGGGCGACUGGCGUAAGAAUGUGGAGGCCAUGUCUGAUAUGAAAGGCAGGAAGAAGAUGUUCGAUGCUGCUGAUGUCCAGUAAAAGAUCACCUUUGGUGCACCCACUCUGCAGGGUGUUACAGACUAAAAUUAAAUCCUUUAAACAUGAGACCUCCCUGGGACACUGAUGAAACCAUCAUAUGAGCAGUUAUAACACCCUUACCUGAUGAUGCUGUAUUUGCAGGAGUGUAAAUUUCAUUGUCCAUUUUUUCUUCUCACUUUUCUAAAGUAAAGACUUCUGCUGUUUCAUAAUGCUAUGAUACAUUUGUGGACAUGACCUCAGCCUUCGCCUUCUGUUCUGACAAUAAAUUUGCAACUAAUUUGCAUAUUGUUGCAGAAAAAACCUUUGUCAAUAGUUAUCUGAACAGCUCAAUUUGAUGGACAAAAACGUAAGGAAUAAUAGAGGUAUGAUAAUGAAUUUCAUUAGUUACUGCACUUACACAUCUUUCAGUUAAGUAAUGUCGUUGACUUACACUGCCAACAGAGAUAGUUUCUCUCAGAGUGAAGAUAUACUUAGCCUUUUCUCUUGCCUGGAAUGAAUUCUUCCCCAGUAAUAAACAGCAAACUAUGUCAUGCACUGCAA